AUGGCAAAAGAAAAGGACGGGAGCGGUGGCACUAAAACGACGACCACAAAGAAGAAGGUGCAUAAGACGGUGGAAAAGAGCGAUAAGGCCGCAGAGCCCGCACCGGCAGCCGCAGCAGCAGCAGCAGCAGAAGCUACUCCAGCCCCAGCAGAUCAGGUGGCAGUUGAAGGUGGUGAGCAGGCAAUGCUGGACGUAAAAGUGGAAUCGACAGAAAAAGACGAAAAAAUGGAGCAGUUUGCCGCAGACUUACAAGCACACGUCAGAUCCUAUCUUCAGCUUGUGAAUCGAGUUGAAUCGCAAACGCAGUCAGCACAAGGCACUGUUGGUGGUGCAGAAGAACGUUCGUAA